UAUUCCUUGCAACUAUUCAUUUUAGUCUCCAGCCCCGACCAAAGCGUCAUUUGUGCCCGCAACACCAAAAGAAGCGAUGCGUGCGGGGAAUGAUGCUCGUUACCGGAGCUGUGCCACGGGACAGGGAGCAGUAUGGGUACUCACGCCUUAAAGCUGCGGGCUUUGGGGAGCUUCUCUCAUCCUCAUCCGUCCUCUUCUCACCACCCUCGCGCCCAUUCACAGCUCGCGUAAACAGAACCCCGCUUACGUUCUCCGUUCGCCCUGAGUAAUUCCUCCGAAUUAGUCUCUCACACGCUAUCAAGCGUGAUCGUUGGGAUCACAUACGACGGACGGUAGAGCUUCCAAGAGCUUCAAGUCAACAUGCCUCUCCGAAGUCCUUACCAACUCAAUCGUGAAGGUGUCACACUCGAUACUGUCGGGCGAUUGAUCAGUCGCACAGCCCUCAAUCCCUUCAUCACUCUCCCACUAUGGCUUGCUGCCGCAUACACAAAUCAAGGAUCAGCUCUCGUGGCCAAGAAUCUGAACGCUGAAAGAGGCUUCAAAGCUCUACGCACACUGCUCAUCCUCGGCGCAUUCCGCUACGUUAACAGCUUCCUCGACGCCGGUGUCACAAACAACUGGAGCAACGAUGUAUACGACUGGAAGAAGGAGGUUGUCGUAGUGACUGGCGGCAGUGAUGGCAUUGGAGCACAUGUCGUAAAGCUUCUUGCGGAGAGAGGCAUCAAGGUCGCAGUUCUCGACAUCCAAGACCUCAAAUAUGACCCUCCAGCCACAGUCUCCUUCUUUAAAUGCGACCUCGCCUCCCCCGACUCCAUCACCUCCGUAACAGCCACCAUCCGAUCCACCCUCGGCGAACCCACCAUUCUCAUCAACAACGCCGGCGUGGCCUUUGGCAAAUGCAUCCUCGAGACCUCCGAGCGCGACCUCAACCUGACCUUCCGCGUCAACACCUUCGCCCACUUCUACCUCACCCAGGCCCUCCUCCCGUCUAUGGUGCAGCGCAACCACGGCAUGAUCGUGACAGUGGCCAGCCUCGCCGGCUUCGUCACCGCCCCCAACAUGGUCGACUACGCCGGCAGCAAAGCCGCCGCCGUCGCCUUCCACGAGGGCCUCUCUGCCGAACUCGCAACCGUAUACAAAGCCCCCAAGGUCCGCACCGUGCUCGUCGCACAGGGCUACACCCGCACCGCCCUCUUCCAGGGCUUCAAGCAGGGCGACCCUUUUGUCAACUACCCGCUCUAUCCCGAGACCGUCGCCGAGGAGAUUGUCAAAGCCGUACUCGCCGGCCGCAGCCGCACGCUGUUCUUGCCUGGUGUGAGCAGGUACGUGAGCAUGAAACUGAGAGCCUGGACCGAGUGGGCGCAGUACGGCCUGCGCAAGAAUAUGGCCGAGUUGAUGAAGUCAUGGCAUGGCAGGCAGGUCGUGCAGCCGAGUGAGGAGAAGGGCAAGGGCGUGCUACAGGCUAGCGAGGAAUCUAGAAGUGAAGGUGAUCUGGCUGCAGUGAUGGGUGCUUUCGCAGAGACACCUGCCAAGCCGUAUCAGCAACCGCAAUAGCUCGUAUUCGGACAGUCACAACAGACGCCAGGUAAACCUGCUGUGCCAAAAAUCGAGUUGCUCCCAGAGAUUAGAGAAGCAGCUAGUAAGGAUCCGAUGAUAGGGCGAUUUGUGGCGGCG